UUCAAAACACUAUAUAAAGAGAAAAGUGGCAUAGCACAAUUGGAGGCUAUAUUAAAAGAGCGAAUAUUUUAUGUUGAGAGAGAGAGAAAGAGAAGGGUUAAGACCGAACAGCAAACUAUGGAGAUAGACACACGACGAGACCUAUCAGAGGCCACCGUGAGCAAAGAGGAAGAAGAAGCGGAGCAACCGCUUAGUCCGGCGGCGCGUGUGUUCCACGCCCCGGAGUUUAAUUGUUAUGUUAUCACGGUGAUCGGUGUUAAGAGGAAGAUCGAGCCAGAUGCGAUUAUCGAAGGUUUAAAGCAAAGUUUGAUCAGACAUCCUCGUUUUUCCAGUAAAUUGGUGAACAAAAGGAACAAGAAAAGACAAACACAAAGAUGGGUUCGGACAAACGUUUCCGCUAACGAUCAUGUCAUUGUACCCGACAUCCAAACGCAAAACAUAGAGGACGCAAACGCAGACGCGUUUCUUGAGAGCUACGUCUCCGAUCUAACGUUGGUCCCUUUAGACACCUCGAAGCCAUUAUGGGAGCUUCACUUGCUCGAUUUGAAAACAUCAGACGCAGAAAACGUCGCCGUUUUGAAGUUUCACCACUCUUUAGGAGACGGUAUGUCUCUCAUGGCCCUUGUCCUUGCUUGUAUGCGUAAAACAUCGAACCCCGAAGAGCUCCCUACUCUACCGUACCAAAACCGAUCAUCCUCUCGGUCUUCCCGGUUAACAGCAGGUUCAAGGGGUAAUUUCCGGUUCUUGUGGUUAAUUUUGGUUCUAUGGUCGGCGAUUAUGUUGGUUUGGAAUACGGUUUGUGAUGCUUUGGAGUUUAUUGCUACGGCAAUUUUCCUUAAGGAUACUGAAACACCAAUCAAAGGCGAUUUCCGGUUAAGUAAGCGUAAACGGAUGUCUUUGGUUCAUCGUACCGUAAGCUUAGACGACAUAAAGCUAAUCAAGAAUACCAUGAAGAUGACUGUCAACGAUGUAGUACUUGGAGUAACUCAGGCUGCUCUGUCCCAAUACUUAGAGAGAAGAUAUGGACAGAAGAAGAAGAAAAUAGGAGAAGAUCAAGAAUCAAAAAGGAAUUCAAAUGAUAUGCCUAAAAAAAUAAGGCUAAGAUCAGCUAUACUUGUAAACUUAAGACCCACCACUGGAAUCCAGGAUCUUGCUGAUAUGAUGGCUAAAGGAUCAAAGUGUAGAUGGGGAAAUUGGAUCGGCUACAUAGUCUUCCCGUUUUCUAUUAGUUUACGCGAUGAUCCAUUAGAACAUCUACGAAAAGCCAAAAAGAUCAUCGACCGGAAGAAAAACUCGUUGGAAGCUGCUCUAACUUUCAUCGUUGGUAAACUCAUGAUCCACUCGUUUGGAGUUAAGGUGACAGCUAAUAUAAUAAAUAGAGCAUUGUCUAACACAACGAUGUCGUUUUCAAACUUGAUUGGUCCUAUUGAAGAAAUUAGCUUCUUUGGACAUCCCAUCACUUACAUGGCCCCAAGUGUCUAUGGACAUCCUCAUGCGUUGACAAUGCAUUUCCAAAGUUACAUGAACAAGAUGACGAUUUCUGUAACCGUUGAUCCAAUGGUCAUAAGUGAUCCUCAUCAGCUGCUUGACGACUGGGAGGAAUCUUUAAGAAUGAUCAAAAUUGCUGUUCAAGAAAGAGGCUCCACUCAUCAGUAGAUUGUGCUAUCUUUACUAUUUUUCUUCUUAUUCAAAGAGAAAAAGAUUAAAAAUUGAAAGUGAUAAGAGAAAACACUUACCACGUACCAGUAUGUACAAUUGUAAUUAA